GCUCUUCAACUGGACGACCAUCACUUCCCGGCUCUCCUCGCUAAGGGUGCCAUUCUUUUGCAGGCCGAGCGGUCGGAAUCAGCAGCAGUGGCGUCUGCUGCAGCAGCCAUUUUCCGGAGAGCUUACACACAGAAGCAGGACCUGCGGGUAUUCCAAGGUCUGGUCCGAGCCUACCUGUGCAUUCCGAAGCUGAAGGAGGCCAUUGCAGCGGCUCGGGAGGCAGUCAAGGCGUUUCCCAACUCUGCCAGCGCUUUGUCUCUUCUGGGGGAGGUGUAUCUGCAGCACAGCGACAGCAGGGACAAGGCGCGCAAAGUGUUUGAAGCGGCACUGCGGAUGGACGGCCGCUGUGGCGCUGCUGUAACGGGCCUGGCAGACGCGCACACCAUGGACGGGCGCCAUGCUGCUGCCGUUGACGUGCUGGAGCGCCACCUGGCAGUGGACGCUGCUGAUUGGAUCCACGUGAAGCUGGGAUUCGUCCACAUGGCGGCCAACCGGCUGCCUGACGCUCUGCACCAUCUGCAGACGGCCCUCAGCAUCAAUCCGACCAAUGAAAACGCCAAGAGAGGGCUCAAUCGCAUCGACAGGCUUCUCAAGGGAGGUGAUGGGGAUGAUGAGGAGGAAGAGACCUCCAUGCAGUAUGGUACCGGCAGUCCCCUCUUCGAAUGA